CUUUCAUUCGCUCCUCUGGAAAAAAAAAAAAAAAAAAAACCUCAAUCUUACCUUCUCUGUCUGGUUUCUUGCAGAGCGAUUUCUAGGGUUUUCAGUGGGAGGUGGGGGGGUUUUUCACCUCUGAAUUUCAUGAAUUCGUCUUCCAUGGUGGAUGGAGUUUUGACCCUAAUCGCAUUUGAUAAUUCAGCUCAAUCCUUGCACCUUCUGACCUAAUGACUUUUGACAGUAGUGAAUGGCUCGAUUUCACUUCCGCUUCCUUUUUGUUGCGCUUGUAGUAGUUGCUGUUCUUGUUACAGAGCCUCACUCUGUCUUGUCAUCUACGUCCACCGACGAAUUUUCUAUUAUCGAUUACGAUGCGUUUCUUUUUCACCAGGAUUACUCGCCGCCGGCCCCACCGCCACCGCCGCCUCAUCCACCUUCGGUUUCCUGCACCCGUGAUUUAGAUGGCGUUGGUUCGCUGGAUACUACAUGUCAGAUUGUCAACGAUUUGAACCUUACUCAUGAUGUUUAUAUAGCCGGGAAGGGGAAUUUUUAUAUCCUGCCUGGGGUGAAAUUUGAUUGUCCUAAACCGGGGUGUUCGAUUACUAUUAACAUUACUGGCAAUUUUACGUUGAGCAAUGAUUCGUCUAUAUUUACCGGGAGUUUUGAGUUGGCCGCCGGUAAUGCUAGCUUUCUCAAUGGGUCUGUGGUGAAUACGACGGCUUUAGCUGGGAAUCCGCCACCACAGACUAGUGGGACGCCACAAACUAUUGAUGGGGCAGGUGGGGGACAUGGAGGGAGGGGAGCAUGUUGUUUGACGGAUAAAACUAAGCUUCCUGAAGACGUUUGGGGAGGUGAUGCAUACUCAUGGGCGUCGCUGCAGAAGCCUAGCAGUUUUGGGAGCCGGGGUGGUUCAACGAGCAAGGAGGUGGACUAUGGUGGAAUGGGUGGCGGGAGGGUGAAGUUGGACGUCCACGACCUUCUAGUAAUUGAUGGGGCUGUUCUUGCCGAUGGGGGUGAUGGAGGGACAAAAGGUGGAGGUGGGUCGGGUGGCAGCAUCUAUAUCCUUGCUCACAAAAUGAUUGGUGACGGCAAGAUAAGUGCAUGUGGAGGUAAUGGAUACGGUGGAGGUGGUGGUGGAAGAAUCGCUGUUGAUGUUUUCAGCAGGCAUGAUGAUCCUCGAAUUUUUGUUCAUGGGGGACGUAGUUUGGCUUGCCCAGAAAAUUCUGGUGGUGCUGGAACUCUGUAUGAUGCUGUUCCUCGAAGCCUUACAAUUUCCAAUCAUAAUUUGACAACAGAUACGGACACACUUCUUUUGGAGUUUCCUAAUCAACCACUCAUGACAAAUGUUUAUGUUCGAAAUAAUGCCAGGGCUUCAGUUCCUUUGCUCUGGAGCCGUGUUCAGGUUCAAGGUCAGAUUAGUCUCUUAUCUGGUGGAGUUUUGUGUUUUGGGCUGGCACACUAUGCGUCAUCAGAGUUUGAGCUAUUGGCAGAAGAACUUCUAAUGAGCAACUCAGAAAUCAAGGUGUAUGGGGCACUACGCAUGUCAGUGAAAAUGUUUUUGAUGUGGAAUUCUAAAUUGCUUAUAGAUGGAGGUGGAGAUUCAGGCGUUGUGACAUCCUUGCUUGAGGCUAGUAACUUAAUUGUUCUUCGGGAAUCAUCUGUUAUACAUUCUAAUGCUAACCUGGGAGUCCAUGGACAAGGUUUAUUGAACUUGUCAGGUCCUGGAGAUUGGAUUGAAGCACAGCGUCUAGUUCUGUCUCUAUUCUAUAGUAUUCAUGUUGGUCCUGGAUCUAUUUUGCGAGGCCCUUUAGAUGAUGCAGCAAAAAAUACUGUGACUCCUAAGCUCUACUGUGAAGACCAAGAUUGCCCUAUUGAACUAUUCCAUCCACCAGAAGAUUGCAAUGUGAACUCAUCACUAUCUUUCACCCUCCAGAUCUGCAGAGUUGAAGAUAUCACCGUAGAGGGUCUUAUCAAAGGUUCGGUUGUUCAUUUCCACAGGGCAAGAUCUAUAAUCGUCCAGUCUUACGGAAUGAUCAGUGCAUCUGGGAUGGGCUGCACUGGAGGUGUGGGAAGAGGGCAUAUCGUAGGCAGUGGAAUAUACAGUGGUGGCGGGUAUGGUGGUAGAGGUGGGGAAGGUUGCUUCAAUAAUAACUGUGUUCCAGGUGGCAUCUCUUAUGGAGAAGCAGGUCUUCCCUGUGAGCUUGGUAGCGGGAGUGGAAAUGAUAGUUUAGCUAGUUUCUCUUCAGGUGGAGGCAUUAUAGUGAUGGGCUCAUUAGCGCAUCCAUUGUCAAGCUUAUCCAUUGAAGGCUUGGUGACAUCUGAUGGAGACAAUUUCAACGGAACUUCAGAAGUGAAGAAGUUAACUAAUAUGCAAGAUAAUAGUGCAGGUCCUGGGGGAGGGUCUGGUGGAACUAUCCUCCUGUUUCUUCGUACGCUGACUCUUGGUUCAUCUGCUGUUCUUUCAAGUGUUGGUGGAUAUAGUAUAGCAAAUGGAAGUGGUGGAGGUGGCGGAGGAAGGAUUCACUUUCAUUGGGCCGAUAUAGCUACAGGAGAUGUGUACCAGCCCAUUGCUAGUGUGAGAGGACACAUUGAUACGUGCGGAGGUACAGGUGGUGAACAGGGUGGUGGAGGUGAAAGUGGUACCGUGACUGGGAGAGCGUGCCCUAAAGGUCUCUACGGAACAUUUUGUGAGGAAUGUCCCGCCGGUACUUUCAAGAAUGUUAGUGGAUCUGAUAGAGCUCUUUGUCAACAAUGUCCUCCUGAUGAGCUUCCACACCGUGCCAUUUACGUAUCUGUUCGAGGUGGCAUUGCUGAAACUCCUUGCCCUUACAGAUGCAUUUCAGAUAGGUACCACAUGCCAAAAUGUUAUACUGCUCUUGAAGAGUUAAUUUAUACAUUUGGGGGUCCUUGGCUAUUUUGUGGUCUUCUACUUGGUCUCCUUGUUCUGCUGGCAUUGGUGCUUAGUGUUGCACGGAUGAAAUUUGUCGGGGUGGAUGAGCUACCUGGCCCUGUUCCAACUCAACAUGGAUCUCAAAUAGAUCAUUCCUUUCCUUUCUUGGAGUCAUUGAAUGAGGUCUUGGAAACAAAUAGAGCUGAGGAGUCUCAGAGCCAUGUGUAUAGAGUGUACUUUAUGGGUCCGAACACCUUUAGUGAACCCUGGCAUCUUUCACAUUCCCCUCCCGAACAACUGAAAGAGAUUGUAUACGAGAGUGCGUUUAAUACAUUUGUGAAUGAGAUCAAUGCUAUAGCAGCAUAUCAAUGGUGGGAGGGUGCAGUUUACAGCAUUCUUUCUGCCCUUGCAUAUCCUCUUGCAUGGUCAUGGCAGCAAUGGCGUCGAAGGCUGAAGCUGCAACGUCUCCGUGAAUUUGUUAGAUCAGAAUAUGAUCAUGCUUGCUUGCGAUCUUGCCGCUCUCGUGCUCUUUAUGAAGGCAUUAAGGUCGCAGCAACAUCCGAUCUAAUGCUUGCAUUUGUGGACUUCUUUCUGGGUGGAGACGAAAAAAGAACUGAUCUUCCUCCUCGUUUGAAUCAAAGAUUUCCACUGUCUUUACUCUUUGGAGGCGAUGGAAGUUACAUGGCUUCUUUUUCACUUCAUAACGACAACAUUCUUACAAGUCUCAUGAGUCAGGCUCUACCACCUACGACGUGGUACCGAAUGGUUGCUGGUCUUAACGCACAGUUACGGUUGGUUCGUCGUGGUCAGCUUAGAUCAACAUUUCUACCUGUUGUUAGAUGGCUGGAAAAUUUUGCAAAUCCUGCUUUGAGGAAUCAUGGCAUUCGUGUGGAUCUUGCAUGGUUUCAGGCUACAGCCUGUGGUUAUUGCCAGUAUGGUCUCCUCAUUUAUGCCGCUGAAGGAACCAGUCCUCCGCCCACAAGAAGUCAUGAAAAUGAACAAUAUGACCAAAGUUCAUGUGUAAAGAACAUUCCUAGAGAAAAUCAGUCUCUCCUUUCGAGGGAAGAAACACAUUUAAGCCAGAACCAUGUUUCCACUGAAGGCAGUGCAAAGCGAAAGAAGAGAUAUGGUGGCAUUUUAGAUGUCAGCAGCCUACAAAUGCUCGAGGAGAAGAGAGAUGUAUCUUGCCCUCUAUCUUAUGUGCUUCACAAUACUAAACCUGUUGGUCACCAGGAUCUUGUUGGUUUAGUCAUAUCAAUGCUACUUCUAGGGGAUUUCAGCUUGGUUUUGCUUACCCUGCUCCAGAUGUUCUCAUUCUCGUUGGCAGACGUUUUUCUAGUUCUAUUUAUUUUGCCUCUCGGCAUUCUCCUCCCAUUCCCUGCUGGAAUCAAUGCCUUAUUCAGCCAAGGACCUAGACGUUCUGCAGGGCUCGCUCGUGUCUACGCGUUGUGGAACCUCACAUCCUUGGUCAAUGUUUUGGUUGCAUUUCUCUGUGGGUAUGUUCACUCAAAAUCUCAAUCGUCCAAGCAUCCAAGCUUUCAGCCAUGGACUAUUAACAUGGAUGAAAGUGAAUGGUGGAUCUUCCCAGCGGGAUUGGUUGUUUGUAAAUUUCUCCAAUCCCGACUCGUUAAUUGGCACGUUGCGAAUCUGGAGAUCCAAGAUCGAUCCUUGUACAGUAACGAGUUCGAUAUGUUCUGGCAGUCCUGAUGAUUAUAUAAUUAUUUGCUCAUCUUGACAGAGACUCUAUUUUCUCUUACCUUGUCUUUUUUUCUGGGGGAGGGAAAGUUGUUCUUCACCACAUGGGUUUGCUCGUUGGCUGGCAGGCUUCAUCAUCAUCCCACACUCAAUUGACUCUUAGGGCAGAAGUAGAUAACAACCCAAAUCAUCUUAAAUNAAAAAAAAAAAAAAAAAAAAAAAAAAAAAAAAAAAAAAAAAAAAAAAGGAAGCAUUCUCCCAAUUGUAAUCAAAUCCUCUGUUUUAUUUCCCUAAAGACACCAUCUUCCUUUUCCUUUUCCUUUUCCUUUUCCUUUGUGUUGUUCACAGUGAUGUAUAUAUUUUGGGAUUUGUGUUAUUUCCCUUUGAAUCCCAACCUGUCUGGUAGAUUUAACAUCCUUUUUUACUGUAAUAAGCUCAGUGGCUAUGGCGGAGAACUGUCUGAAUUGUUAACACUAUGAGCAUUGAGUCUUUACUAAUCUAAUGGUUCUGAAAUUUGUGAUUUA